ACAACCGGCACACAGAAUCACGUUUCGCGAAUCUUGUAAGAAGCUUCGAGAAGUGAGAGCUCAGAAGUUAAAUAUUUCAUUUCAUUUAACUUAAAAAAUGUUGCGCUUGCCUCGGGUUGUUCGUCAAACUCUCUCCCUUCAGAAGAGCCAUCAGCUUUCAAGAUUUUAUGCCAAAGAUGUGAGGUUUGGUGCUGAUGUAAGAGCUCUCAUGCUCCAGGGCGUCGAUAUCCUCGCCGAUGCAGUAGCCGUUACCAUGGGCCCAAAAGGUAGGAACGUUAUAUUGGAACAGUCCUGGGGUUCACCUAAAAUAACCAAAGAUGGUGUAACCGUUGCGAAAGGUGUGGAGUUGAAAGAUAAAUUUCAGAAUAUCGGUGCCAAACUUGUACAAAAUGUCGCAAAUAACACCAAUGAAGAAGCCGGUGACGGCACCACCACAGCCACCGUACUCGCCCGUGCUAUUGCCAAAGAAGGUUUCGAAAAGAUUUCAAAAGGUGCCAAUCCGAUCGAAAUUCGUCGUGGGGUAAUGUUAGCCGUAGAUGCUGUUAAAGAUAAGUUAAAGAACAUGUCCAAGCCCGUUACCACACCCGAAGAGAUCGCACAGGUCGCAACGAUCUCUGCUAACGGUGACCUCGCCAUCGGUAAACUCAUCGCCGACGCAAUGAAGAAGGUCGGUCGUGACGGCGUCAUUACAGUGAAGGACGGCAAGACAUUGUACGACGAAUUGGAAGUUAUCGAAGGUAUGAAAUUCGAUAGAGGUUAUAUUUCACCAUACUUCAUCAACUCGUCCAAGGGUGCUAAAGUCGAGUUCCAGGAUGCUCUAGUUCUGUUCUCUGAGAAGAAAAUCAGCAAUGUGCAGACAAUCAUUCCGGCUUUGGAACUCGCGAACAGCCAAAGGAAGCCACUAGUCAUUAUAGCUGAAGAUGUUGAUGGUGAAGCUCUUUCAACGUUGGUUGUUAACAGACUAAAGAUUGGCUUGCAGGUUGCCGCUGUUAAAGCUCCAGGUUUCGGUGACAACAGAAAAGCUACUCUUAGUGAUAUGGCGAUCUCUACUGGUGGUGUCGUGUUUGGUGAUGAAGCCAACCUCAUUAAGAUUGAAGAUGUUCAACUCUCAGACCUCGGCCAGGUUGGUGAAGUCAUCAUCACGAAGGAUGACACACUCAUUCUUAAAGGUAAAGGCAAAAAGGCUGACAUUGACAGGCGUGCUGAACAAAUCCGUGAUCAAAUCCAGGAGACCAACUCUGAGUAUGAGAAGGAAAAAUUACAAGAACGUCUUGCCAGGUUAGCGUCUGGUGUGGCCGUGUUACAUGUUGGAGGCUCCAGUGAAGUAGAGGUCAACGAGAAGAAAGAUCGUGUAAAUGAUGCCCUGAAUGCUACCCGUGCUGCUGUUGAAGAAGGUAUUGUUCCUGGAGGUGGAUCUGCUCUCCUCAGAUGCAUCCCAACUCUCGAGGCAUUAAAAACAUCCAACUCUGACCAGGCUACUGGAGUAGAAAUCAUCAAAAAAGCAUUAAAAAUGCCCUGCAUGACCAUCGCACGCAAUGCUGGCAUUGACGGUUCAGUUGUAGUAGCUAAAGUAGAAGAUCUCGGCCCCGAGUUUGGUUAUGACGCUCUCAACAAUGAAUAUGUCAACAUGAUUGAGAAGGGCAUUAUCGAUCCAACCAAAGUUGUCAGAACAGCACUCACCGAUGCCAGUGGGGUUGCAUCACUCUUAACCACAGCGGAGGCGGUGAUCUGUGAGAUACCCCAAGAGAAGGAAGCCAACCCCAUGGCCGGUAUGGGAGGCAUGGGAGGUAUGGGCGGCAUGGGGGGUAUGGGAGGUAUGAUGUAAAGUGCCCGCAGACUAUGCAUUUAAUAGUGUAAAAACAAUUACAAUUACAAGGAUAUGAAUGUCAGUGCCGUGAAUGAAUUUUCUUUUAUCAUAGAGUCUGAUUGAGUUAGAGUAGGAAGACUGCCCGUCUUAGAAAUAUUUAGUUUAUAUUUGCUUCAGUGGAGCAUGGUGUUAUUUUUAAUAAUAAAUAAUGUUGUUAA